AUGCUCACUACCCGAUCGCUGUUCGCAACAGCCUCGCUGACUGCUGUCCAGCUGCUCUCGCUGACAAGCCCAUCGACUGCUGCCAGCGCCAUCGACUCGCUCUACGGAGUCUCGCCAGAGCAGCAAUCCAGCUAUGUGGACUCGGGCUCGGGCCUCUUCCAGUGUCUAGAUGGGUCCAAGUCCAUUGCUUUCAGCUUGGUCAAUGACGACUACUGCGACUGCCCCGAUGGCUCGGACGAACCAGGAACUUCGGCUUGCGACGGCGGCCACUUUUACUGCAGGAACGAAGGGCAUAUCGGCGUGACCCUCUCGAGCUCCCGAGUCAACGACGGCGUCUGCGACUGCUGCGACGGCUCGGACGAGUGGGGCCAGAUCAUCAAGUGCACCAACAGCUGCAAGGAACUGCAAGCCCAGCUGAAGAAGAAGCAAGCCGAAGAAAACAAGGUCCGCCAGAAGGCUGCCAAACUGAGGGAGCAGUAUGUGCGCGAGGCCCAGACCAUCCAGAAACAGCGCAAGGUGGAUCUUGCUAACUACGAAGCCGAGCUCCAGUCGCUGACUGCCCGCAUCGAUGUCCUCAAGAAUCUCAAAGAAAACGCUGAUGCAUUCGAAAAGUACAACAAGCAAGUCGAAUCCGAGGUCAGUGAGCGUCAGAGUCGACGCGAGUGCCCCUCCAAGCUCUCCAAAUGUGAAAUCCGAGAAGGCUCGCUCCGCCAGCGCAUUCUCGAUCUGGAGCAAGCUCUGCAUGACAUUCAAGGCCAACUCGAGUCGAUUGAGGGCGACGAGGCCCAAACCAGCGAGGGGAUCGUCAAGGUCCUUGAGCGCGUCCGAUCUGCAACCGAGGCGCCAGAAGUUGUCGAAGAGGACAGCUCGAGCCCCGAGGAUGUGGCUGCCGUGGACAGCGACGACAGCGGCGCGAGCGUAGCAACAGAGGAUCCGUGCAGCAACCCCGAAGUCGGCUUCUCGGCCUGCCUCUGGCACUCCGCCUCUGUGACGAAGCAGAGUCUCGUCCAAGCCGUCGAUGGAACAAUCAACUGGCAAGGCUGGGCAAAAUUGCUUCCGAAGCGGCUGGUGAGCUUCUCGGAGGAUGAUCGCGACCUGGCCCGAGACCCGUCCAAGGCACAGAGCCAGCUGUGGGAGGUGGAGCGCAAGCGCAGCGAGGUCGAAAACAAGAUCAAGGACGUCCACACCAGAAACGAGCUGGAUAUGGGUGGCAGCGAGCGCAUUUGGGAGUCUCUCUACGGCAAGUGCUUUUCGAUAGAUAGCCACGAAUACACCUACGAGCUGUGCUACUUGGAGAAGGUCACGCAGAAGAGCAAGAACGGAGGCAGCUUUGUCAAUCUCGGCAAAUUCACGCGCUGGGGCGGCCGAAAGCCCUCGGACACUGCUGCCGGAGCCUACUCGAGCAUGAUGUAUGAGAACGGCGAAACGUGUUGGAAUGGUCCUGCCCGAUCCGUUGAGGUCAAACUCGAAUGCGGCCCCGACAACACCAUUGUGGCCGUUACGGAGCCUUCCAAGUGCGAGUAUGAAAUGAAGGUCCAGACCCCGGUUGUCUGUGGGGGCGGCGAUUCGGGCCACAGCGACCGAAGCGAGUUGUGA